AUGGAGUAUUUGCCUUGGAGUAACUGGUGGUUGUUUAUUAUGCUUGCUAUUCUGAUGUUCCGACGAUCAACGCAAGGAGGUUGCAUAGAUGUGGAGAGAAGGGCAUUACUGGACAUCAAGUUCUCCCUUAUCAACUUAUAUGAUUCAAAAAGAGAAGAUAUUCUCUCCACUUGGAUUGAAUAUGGCAGUGGCAGCGAUUGUUGCGAUUGGGAAAGAGUCAAGUGCAACACAACCACAGGCCAUGUCACGGAGCUUUCUUUGUUCUAUUUGAAUGGCUUUUCGUACGAAGAUGAACGUUACAUGGAUGAAAAGGUUUGGCCAUUGAAUGUUUCCCUCUUUCUUCAUUUUGAAGAGCUAACAAGUCUCGAUUUGUCAAGUAAUCAUCUUGAUGGCGGAAUCAUGAAAACAGAACUUGAAAGGCUCUCGAGUUUGAAGAUGUUAGAAAUACUAGACCUCAGUUGGAAUUCUGAUAUUAACAGUGACAUCCUUCCAUCAUUGAGUGGACUCACUUCACUCAUAAGUUUAGAUCUUGGCAGGACUAGCAUGAACGGAUGUUUUCCUGCUAAUGAAUUAUCACAUCUGACUAACUUAAAAGAGCUAGAUUUAAGUGAUAGCGGGGUCAACGGCACACCAAAUAUCCAAGCUUGUAAAAGCUUAUCGAGAUUGAAAAGGCUGGAGAGUCUAGCUCUUUCAGAAAACACUCUCAACAAGAGCAUCAUAUCAUGCCUAAGUGCCCUCCCAUCCCUCAAGAUUCUUAAUCUUUCAUAUUCUUCUUCAUUGGGAGGCCCCUUUCCUGUCAAAGAAAUUCAUAAUCUGUCUGAUAUGAAAGUCCUCCUUUUAAGAGGUAAUGGUUUCAGUGGGACACUACAAAUGGAAGCUUUUGCAUCUUCCCACCAUCUGGAGGUCUUAGAUUUGAGUCACAACAAGUUUGUUGGGAGUAUCCCAUCAACAAUACAUGCAUUAUCUUUCCUGAGAGUUGUCUCAUUUGCUUAUAAUCAACUCAACGGCUCACUACUAGACCAUGGGUUGUGUGAGUUGAAUAACCUCCAUGAGAUGGAUCUUAGUCACAACAUGCUCGAUGGAAUUCUGCCUCAGUGUUUCAACAAUCUAUCCAGUCUUAAGUUGUUGGAUAUCUCUUCAAAUCGAUUCACAGGGAAGCUUGUGCCAUCACUCAUUGCUAAUCUCACAUCUCUCGUGUACAUUGAUUUUAGUCAUAACACAUUUGAAGGUUCAUUCUCAUUCAGCUCGUUAUCCAAUCAUUCAAAGCUUGAGGUAGUUGGAUUUAGAAGUGACAGUGACAAAUUUGAGGUUGAAACAGAAGAGCCUAUCGGUUGGAUUCCAUUGUUCCAAUUGGAAGUUCUUGAGCUAUCUAAUUGCAAUAUAAAUAGGCAUAAAGGACGUGUUGUUCCUGGGUUUUUACUUCACCAGCACAAGUUGCAUGUAGUAGACGUGUCUGAUAACUCUUUGAAGGGUCAGUUUCCAGAUUGGUUGAUAAAAAAUAAUACGAAUCUGAAUGUUCUUAAUCUAAGGAACAACUCUUUUGGCAGUAUGCUGCUGUAUAGAAAUGCUAAUAUGCAAGGGUUGGAUAUUUCUGGAAAUCACAUGAUAGGUAUUAUUCCUGAGGAUAUACACAAAAUCUUUCCGAACUUAUAUUAUUUAAAUUUGUCGAGGAAUGCUUUAAGUGGUGCUAUCCCAUCUUCGGUUGGUGAUCUGAGCAUAUUAGGGGUACUGGAUUUAUCUCAUAACGAGUUAUCAGGAGAAGUACCAAAGGGAUUGUUUACAAACCUCUCUCAGUUGAGGGUAUUAAAACUAUCAAAUAACAGCUUUCAUGGUCAGGUACUCUCAGGAAACUUAAGCUUGGGUAACAUGGAAAGGGUUCACUUAGAUAACAACCGUUUCACAGGGAAAUUUGGACUUAGGAGUAAGGAAAAAUUGCUUGAACUUCUGACUGUUCUAGAUAUUAGCAAUAACUUUUUUGAAGGUAUGAUCCCUGUUUGGAUAAGCAACAUGAGUAGGCUGUCUCAACUUGUGAUGAGAAAUAAUACAUUUGAAGGCCAGUUUCCUUGUGGAGCAGCUCCAUUCUCAUUUCUUGAUAUUUCACAUAAUUCUUUUAAUGGACCCAUCCCAUCCUGCUUAAAUUUGCAACAUAUGGAGCAUCUUCAUUUGGGUUCCAACAGAUUCACAGGAUCAAUGCCCGAUUACUUUCGUAAUUUGACUAACGUUUUGACUUUGGACAUAGGCGACAACAACUUGUCAGGGAGGAUUCCUAAAUUUCUUGGCGAACUAACCAAUUUAAGGAUUCUUCUUUUGAGAAAAAACAACUUUAGUGGCUCUAUUCCAAAGCAGUUGUGCCGAUUAAGUAAUGUGAGUUUAAUAGAUUUAUCCGACAACUCCCUUUCUAGUUCAAUACCAAGUUGCCUACAAAAUAUUACAGGCCCAAGUGACCUUGCUUUUAUGAAACAAAGUGUUAGGGUAUACCCUAGUCACAUGUUGUAUAAUUAUAGGAGUGUUCUAGAUAAAACAUUUUAUACAGAGGACCACAAUCAUAUGUUUGAAAUACAAGAUGAAGUUCAGUUUACUACAAAAAGCCUCUCUCUCCCAUACAAGGGUGAUGCCCUUGAUAUCAUGUCGGGAUUGGAUCUAUCGUGUAACAAACUAACAGGUGAAAUUCCAGAAGAAUUGGGGUUGUUAACACAGAUUCGUGCUUUGAACCUGUCACACAAUCAACUGACUGGACCAAUUCCAGUGAGCUUCUCAAAUCUUGCAAAGAUAGAGAGCUUGGACCUUUCUUCAAAUGGUUUAACUGGCAGAGUUCCAUCAGAACUGAUUAAGCUUACUUCAUUAUCUGUUUUCAAUGUUUCUCAAAACAAUCUAUCAGGAAGACUCCCAGAAAUGAAAUCACAGUUUGGUACCUUCACAGAGGCAAGCUAUGAAGGGAAUCCACUUCUUUGUGGACCACCACUUGUGAAGAAAUGCACAACUACUAAUUCACAGGUGACCAAUCAAUCAGAUGAAGAAGAAGACAAUGAGAAAUGGUAUGACAUCGAUAUGUCAUGCUUCUAUGGAAGUUCUAGUUCAACAUGUGUUGUGUUCUUAUUGGGAUUUGCUGGACUUCUUUACACCAAUCCUCAAUGGCGUAGAAGCUCUUCCCAGUAUCUCCGAUCUGCAACCAACCGGCGACUGCCUUCGCCAAUGACAUCCCCUCCGCCAUCGCCGUCGGAAGCAAAGCCCUCCAGCUCCUCCAAAGUCAUCGACGCAACAUACUUCUCCGUCCUACUGCCUGUCCGUCCUACAACCCAUCAACGACAACCAGCAUCGCCUCAGUCUCUUGCCGCCACCAUCGUCGAAGUUGUUGCUGUAGCUAGUGGACCUUACCAUUGA